UUUUUAAUUUUUUUUUUUUUUUUUUUUCUUAAGAUCACCUUUACCCAAUUUGACGUUGUGAGAUUUAGUUGUGCGCCAUCUUCUCCUGAACACAAACUCAUUUGGAUUCCAGCAUGAUGGUCUCAGUCUUCCUGCUCGUGCUGCUUUCUGUGGGAGCCAUCUGUCUUCCUGCAGCCCAGGCACAACUUCCUGAGGACUGUCAUGAUGUCUACAAAAAUGGCUCCACACAAAGUGGGUUGUACACUAUCUAUCCUCCAGAGAGCACACCUGUUGAGGUGUACUGUGACAUGGACUGUGAGGACAAGGAGGACAAAGGAGGAUGGACUGUGAUUCAGAGCAGAUCGGAUGGCAAUUUGAACUUCCACAGACCCUGGGAUCAGUACAAGAGUGGCUUUGGAAAUAUUUCUGGAGAACACUGGCUGGGACUGGAGAACAUCUUUGCGAUUACUUGGCAAAAGAAGUACAGGUUGAGGGUGGACAUGGAGGACUUUGAAGGAGGAACCGUCCAUGCUGAGUACAGCUCCUUCUCUCUGGACCCUGAGUCUGAUGGAUACAGGCUGAAUCUUGGUGACUACAUUGAUGGAGGUGCAGGUGACUCCCUGAGUACUCAAAGGGGGAUGAGGUUUGCCACCUUUGACAAGGACCUGGAUGGGUAUUACAAUUAUUAUCCCUAUUAUUAUUAUUAUUAUAAUUACUAUGGAAUACAUUCUGGAGGAUUUUGGUUCAGCUACUAUGAUCAGGCAAACCCCAAUGGCUUGUACUUGUGGGGGUCCAACUCAAUUUAUCAAAUGGGUGUCAUAUGGAACACCUGGAAGGGGCCCUAUUACUCUUUGAAAGCCAUCACCAUGAAGAUCAGACCAGUGUCUCUGCAUGACAUAAAGAACUAGGAAGGGCAACUACAAAUCAAAUCCACUUCCACUUUGGGCCGCACCCUCUCUAUGUUAACGACACAACCAUUCUCUGUUUCCCUUCUUCUGUAGUUGGGAAGCUUUGGGGGUGAUGAAGCGAUUAUUGGACCUUUUAUCUGUUAUAAUUACCACAAAAUUCCUACUUAUUGAUACUUUUAUGACUUUUUGUUUUGUCUCAUAAUUUUACAAGAUAGAACAAAACUUAUAUUUUCAUGGGAUGGAACACUUGUACAUUUUUCUAUCAGUUUGGUUUGAAACCCACCCACCAUCCAAAUAAGUAUCUCAGUACGUUCCACUCUAGGGUCUGUCAUAUAAUAUGGUAAUUUUAGAUGUAAAAUGCAAGAUUCAUGAUUUAAUGAAUUAAUUUCUCACCUAUUCUAAAAUGAAGCUCACCAAUGCCACUCUUCUUUCAUGUGUAUGUUUGUAAUCACCUGCUUCCAAAUAAACAUUGUGCUGUUA